UAAAGAGGGUGUCGGCAAUUCUAUAAAUAACGCUCUGUUAUUAAAAUACCAUCACUUCACUUCACUUCCCAGUUCUGAAUAACAGUACUUGUCGACGGAAAAAAUGGCGCUUAAGGUCCACGGAAGCUUUCGAUCGCCGGCGGUGCUGAGAGUCGUGGCUUGCCUCAAGGAGAAAGAGCUCGAUUACGAGUUUGUCAAUGUUAACAUGCAAACCGGAGAUCACAAACAACCACAAUUCCUUGCCCUCAACCCGUUCGGUCAAGUUCCGGCAUUCGAGGAUGGAGAUCUGAAACUCUUCGAGUCGAGGGCGAUUACACAGUACAUCGCGCACACGUAUGUUGACAAGGGGACGCAGCUGAUCGUCCCAGAUCACAAGAAGAUGGCGAUCAUGUCGACGUGGAUGGAGGUUGAGGCUCAGAAAUUCGACCCUGCAGCUACGAAGCUCGGCUUCGAGAUCGUUAUAAAGCCGAUGCGUGGCUUGACGACGGACGAUGCGGUGGUGGCGCAGUACGAGGAGCAACUAGGCAAAAUUCUCGAUGUCUACGAGGCACGUUUGAAGGAAUCGAAAUACCUGGGCGGAGACUGCUUCACCUUGGUCGAUCUUCACCACAUUCCUCUCAUAAACUACCUCAUGGCUACUAGAGUUAAAGCCCUGUUUGAUGCACGCCCAACAGUUUCCGCAUGGGUCGCUGAUAUUUUGGCCAGGCCUGCCUGGUCAAAGGUUCAAGAAUUGCUCGAACAGAAAUAGGGAUAAUAUAAUCUCAAAUCACACGUUCACAUAUGAGUUACGGACUUUCUCGUAAAUCUAACGGGGCGGGUUUGAAUGUUUGUCUUGUAUCUUGUACUGUGUUUUUUCUUGAUUAUGUGGAUUUUCAAAUGUAAGUUUAAGCUGGUGUAUGUAUGAUUGCGUUAUUGCAAUAAAGUUACGUUGUUGAAAUAAUUAAGAAAAUUAAUAAUUAAGGAUUUUUAA